UUGCAGUGAACGCGACGUGAAGUGCUGAACUCCAAAACUCCAAACACUCCAAACACUCCGAACUCCAAACUUCACCACCUCGAUCGCGCGUCCCCAAAACGCUGAGAACCCGAUUCGUAUUCCCCGAUCGUCGCCAGUGGCAAUCAGAUAGUGCUUCGCGCUCCUACCAAUCCAACCACUCGAAGGAAAGAUGGCCAAAAUCGUACUCUUCUGCCUGCUGAGCCUCUUGGCAUGCGCUGCAGGUCAACGCAUUACGACAAUCCACCUGGAUGGAGUGCAGUACUUCAUCAGUCGAAUGAAUCCCUACUCCCCGGAGCUCAACUACUUCCUGGCCUACCAGUACUGUCGCUCCCUGGGCCUGCAACUGGCCUCGUUUGAGACCAAGGAGAAGGCCGAAUCGAUGACCACGUAUCUGAAGAAUGCCGGUUACGGCAACUACGAUUUCUGGACCUCCGGCAAUCGCCUGGGCACGGGCAUGUUCCUAUGGAUGAGCACUGGUCUGCCGUUUAACGCCACUUUUGAUUUCUUUGAGAACUCGGCGGACGCCAUCCAGGCCGGUCUGCUCGAUCCCGUCGAUCAUAAUAGCAACACCUCGCCCCAGCGCACCGCUCGCGACAGCAGUGGCGCCGAGAAGGGAUGCGUGAUCCUGAAGCAGCCCACGCUCAAGUGGAUGCCCGAGGACUGCUCGGCCGUGAAGGACUUCAUCUGCGAGCAGACCCGCUGCUACUACUACAACUACGGCAGCAUCCCCGUCUCGUCGGCGCAGGGACGUCCCAUCACCUCCACCACUCCAAGGACUCCUGCCUCGCUGAUGAACCUGCAUGUGGCCGCCACCACCACUCCCUUGCCCCUCUUGAUGUCCACCAGUGGAGCCAUGUACACCGCAGCCAAGGCCAAAUCCUCGCCAGCCGUGGGCCACCGUCUGCUCGAUGAUUCCAGCUCCCAGCAGCAGCCAUCCUUCAUGUCCUUUAAGCUGAACCACGAUCGCUCGCUGCCCGAUACGGAUGCCACUGACGUGGAUGUCGAGGACCAGGAGGCCGAUUUGGAUGGCGAGGAGCACGAUGACCAUGAGGCUGAGGGCGAGGAGGAGCACGACAACUUUGAGGAGCAUGCCCGUGAGCUGAGCAACGACAGCGAUGGCGACAUCAAGGAGCACGUAUUCCCACUGAGCGACAACGAGCUCCAUCCCGAGGUGCAUUCCAUUGAGGAGGUACAGCAGCAGUUGCAGCAGGAGGAUGCGGAUGCGGAUUCGGCACCAGCUCCCGCAGCGGCUGAGGAGAACGAGAGCACGCAGCACGAUGCGGAGUCGGAUGGAGAGCACGAGCAGGAGGGAGCUGAGGGCGAGACCGAUUUGGAAACUGAGCCGCAGGUGGAUCUGAUCAAGGCCAACGAACCAUUGGCGAUGCCCAGCUCCACUGAAUCGCCAGCCGCCGCCAUCGAGGAGCGCAUCAAGCAGAUCGCCCAGGACUUCCAGAAAAUGGCCAGCUCCCAAGAGUUGCAGCCCAAGGAGGAGCUGACCCCCCAAUCCUCCCUGUCCCUCAACGAUCUGAUACGCACCCUGCGGCCCAACGAACAGCAGAUCAUCCCGCAGAUCGACUCGGACUACUCGAAUGCCAUGCGUGUCCUGGGCAAGCCACUGGCGGCCAACAACUAGGCAUCUCUACAUCUCCAUCCCUAGAAUGCCACUAGCCUAAGUUGUGUGUGUGUUUGGGUCGAGGAGUUAUCCAGCUGGGCAUCCGGGUUCCACUGAGGAAUGGACAUUUUCGAGAGCCGGCCGGACAUGUCCGAAAAUGACGCUUCUCUCUGAGGACCUCGAUGCCAAUGGAUGACCGCGCUAAAGAACCAGCGAGAGAUUA